AGAUUAUACCUAAUGAUAAGGUUGUUUAUGCCAUUAACGAAUUGUUUUCGGGUUUUUUUUUGGUGGUACACAGUCCUCUCACUGUUGUGGCCUCUCCCAUUGAGGAGUACAGGCUCUGGACGCACAGGCUCAGCGGCCAUGGUCACAGGCUCAGCCGCUCCGCGGCAUGUGGGAUGCUCCCGGACCGGGGCACGAACCCAUGUCCCCUGCAUCGGCAGGCGGAUUCUCAACCACUGCGCCACCAGGGAAGCCCUUUUGCGUUUUUUUUAAUGAAAUGUUUGACAAUCUAUUCCACUGAAAGCAACCAAUUAAGUCUGCCCUUAAUAUUAGAAGUUACAAUGACUGAUAUCGUUUAGUCUUCAUAUACCUUAAUAUUCUUGCUUUUCUAUGUAGAAAUAAAGGCAUUUGGUUGGUGACUACUGCCAUUCUACAAAAACCCAGAAUGCUUCCUGAAUUCUGGCUCAGUUUGUCUAGUUAUUUUCUAACAUCAAAAGAGCAACCUUGGGGCUUCCCUGGUGGCAUAGUGGUUAGGAAUCCACCUGCCAAUGCAGGGGACACGGGUUCAGGCCGUGGUCCGGGAAGAUUCCACAUGCCGCAAAGCAACUAAGCCCGUGCACCACAACUACUGAGCCUGUGCGCCUACAGCCCGCAAGCCGCAACUACGGAAGCCCGUGCUCUGCAAUAAGAAGCCCGUGCACCGCAACGAAGAGUAGCACCCGCUCGCCACAACUAGAGAAAGCCCGUGCACAGCAACAAAGACCCAACGCAGCCUAAAAUACAUAUAUAAAAUAAAUUUUUUAAAAAGAGAGCAAACUUUCUCUAAUGUUUUAAUUAAAAAAUAAAACAUGAACAUAUCCUGGUGGUUAAAAGAAAAAUAAACAUAACUAAAAUAUGGAGAGUAAAACUAAAGUUCCCUCUUUAUGUCCUCUGCUGCCAUGUAAUUUCCUUCCCAGAGGUAGAUACUGCUAAUUUGGUGUAUAUACUUUACCACUUUUUUUCUUUUUAUGCAUGUACAUGCACACACUUGUGUAUUAUGUUUACUUUUCUUUUUUUUUUUUUUUGCCGUACGCAGGCCUCCCUCUGCUGCGGCCUCUCCCGUUGCGGAGCACAGGCUCCGGACGCGCAGGCCCAGCGGCCAUGGCUCACGGGCCCAGCCGCUCCGCGGCAUGUGGGAUCCUCCCAGACCGGGGCGCGAACCCCGUUCCCCUGCAUCGGCAGGCGGACGCGCAACCACUGUGCCACCAGGGGAGCCCUAUGUUUACUUUUCUGACUUAACAAUAUAGCUGGAAGAUCUCUGUGUUUGUGUAUCUACAUGUGUCUCAUUCUUUUCUUAUUGCUGUUAAUGUUGAAAUUCAUCUCCUAUCACCACUCCUUCAUUACCAGAGAUAGAGAAAAAUCCUAAAGAAUUGGGAAUAAAAUUUUAACAAUCACCUUACCACACCCACUUAUGUCAUAGAGAGCUAUUUAUGAUAAAUAUCUACAACCAACUUUAAGAAAACAGUAGUGGGCUAACGUGAAAGCACAGACCCUGACUCCCUCGUCGCAUGGAUCAUAGCGCAGAGUUCAGAAGAUGGAAGGCACAGUGUCUGAGCAAAGCGGACCUCAGCCGGAAAGGCAGUGUGGACGAGGAUGUGGUAGAGCUUGUGCAGCUCCUAAAUGGGCGAGAACAGUUUUUCACCACCAGUUCCUGCGCUGGCCGCAUCAUCCUCCUAGACGGGGGUAUAAAUGGUUCUGAGGUUCAGAAACAAAACUGUUGCUGGCUACUGGUUACACACAAACCCUGUGUGAAAGAUGAUGUGGCUGUCCGGAGCACACAUGGCUUAGAAGUUCCAUUGACCCAUAAAGGAAAACUGAUGGUGACAGAGGAAUAUAUCAACUUCCUGAUAAAGAUAGCAAAUCAAAAAAUGGAGGAAAACAAGAAGAGAAUUGAAAGGUUUUACAACUGCCUACAACAUGCUUUGGAAAAAGAAACUAUUUCUAUGAUCUCAUAUCCCAAAGAGAAAAUCAAAGAGAAAAAUAACUCAUCAUAUACUCACAAGGAAAAAAGAAACCCAGAAAAAGCAUGUGGCAAAUAUAUUACUGAAGAAAAUAAUAAAGAACUUGAAAAUGAUGAUCAUGAUGAUCCAGGAAUCAGUGUUACUAUCUUCCCCGAAGAUUACUGAGAUUUGGUUCUGAAGUGUCUUUGUAGAAUAAUGUUUCUAAUAGAUACAUUAUAAAGCUGCUCUUUAUAGGAGUAUUUUAGUUUGUUGAGUGUAACAGCCUUUCAGAAAAACAAGAUUUAAUUUUUCUCUAUAUUUUAGGGAAACCCUUAGCUUUUAAAAAUAGCU